GCCGCAUGCGGACUAUUUGAGAAGAUGGUCGUCACUCGAUCGGCGGGGCCUCAGGCCAGAAGCCUAGCCACGUCGGCUGAAAGCUCUCAACCGAAGAAUUCUGCUACUAAAAAAAGUCAACUGCAUCCGAAAGGUGGGAAGGUUACUAGAUCUGAAGAUCCAAGUACUGCUGAAUCACAGACCCAGACUACUAGGAAACAAAGUCCAACCCCUAGAACUCCUAAAACCAGAGAGAGAAAGAGCAGAACGACAGACUCAUUACCAGCAAAGACCAAACCACCCAAUAAUGGAGAGGCCUCUGAAGCAGAGUCAGAAUGUUCCACUGUGUCUGAGCCUCAGGAUACCAUUUUAAGAGUAACGAGGAGGAGGCAGAUUUUAGUGGCAUGUACCCCAAUACCCAGUGUUAGAAAAAGAGUGAAAAAUACUUCAAUAAGUGAGUCUUAUACUGAAGAAGUGCUUUCUGAAGCAGAGUCACAUGUUUCAGGCAUUUCUAGAGUUGUGACUCCCACAGUAUUAACUACAAGAACCAGAAAAAGUAAGGCUAAAAUCCUAGCAGAUGCAAGCCAGGAAUCACAUACAGAGACUAUUUCUGAUGCUGAGUCAUCAUGUUCAGACAUUUCUUCAUUUUCUGGAGUUGCAGUUAGGAGAACCACUAGGAGUAUGCAGAAGAAAUUGCAGGCACAGACUGAGCAAAGAGAUACGAGAAAAGGAAAACAAGCCAGUCAUGCACCUCUCAAAGAAAUAAAACAGAAGAGUUUAGAUGAAGAAGCCAGAGGCAUAAUAGAUGAGGGGAAAGAAAUUAAUGAGAAAAAUUCUCAAUCAGAUAUUUCUGAACAUCAUGACACUAGCAAUCAGCAAUCUGUUUCUCAAAGGCAUUCUACUCCCCAAAACACCAAAACCAUUUCAGAGCACUCAAAUCUGAACUGUGAGACUGUAAUAAAAUCUUUAGCUCAAACAUUUGCAGUAGCAGAAACGGACAAGUGGAAUGAUGAAAGAAAGAACACCAUGAAAACAAGUGAUUUGAUAGAAUUUGAUGAUCGCGAUGAUAGUGAUGAAGACGAGCACACGAUGAUAGGAGUCAGUGAAAGCAUGAAUGAAGAAAGGGAUAUCGAUUUUGAGUGUGAUGCCAAACUCUCGAAGACUGAACUCCAUCCAUCUCAGGAUAAAGAUGAUUCUGUUUUAUUAGUUCUCAGCAGUGAUGAAAGCCAGCAGUCUGAAAACAGUGAGAAUGAAGAGGACACGCUGUGUUUUGUUGAAAGUCAUGGUCAAGGGGAGUCGUUAAAUGGAAACUCAAAGAACAUAUGUGACAAUGCGUUGUUUGUAAUUGACACAACUCCUGGUAUGGGUGCUGAUAAAAAUUUUUACUUGAAUGAAGAAGACAAGGCAAGUGAGAUUGCCACAGAAGAAGAAAAACAAGAAGAAGAAGAAGAAAGCAGUGAAGAAGAACCAUCAGACCAUGACAAAAAUAAAGAGAGUGAGUUUAGUGAUGAAGAUGACUUACUAAAUAGCACGAAGUCUAAACUUUUGAAGUUAACGAGCAGCAGCAUAGACCCUGGUGUGAGUAUCAAGCAAUUGGGUGGUCUGUACAUUAAUUUUAAUGCAGACAAACUACAGUCGAACAAAGCACUAACACAGAUUAAAGAGAAAAGGAAAAAUGAGCUACUGCAGAAAUCCAUCAUUACUCCGGAUUUUGAAAAAAAUGACUGUGUCCCGCCCUAUCGUGAAUCCAAGUAUCAACUUCAGAAAAAACGCAGAAAAGAGCGCCAAAAAACAGCAGGUGAUGGUUGGUUUGGUAUGAAAGCUCCAGAAUUGACAGAUGAACUAAAAAACGACCUCAAAGCACUGAAGAUGAGAGCCAGCAUGGACCCAAAAAGGUUUUACAAGAAAAAUGAUAGGGAUGGCUUCCCCAAGUACUUCCAGAUUGGAACCAUUGUUGACAAUCCUGCUGACUUCUACCAUUCACGAAUUCCGAAGAAACAAAGGAAAAGAACUAUUGUGGAUGAACUGCUGGCUGACUCUGAGUUCAGAAGAUAUAACCGAAGGAAGUACUCAGAAAUCAUGGCCGAAAAAGCAGCAAAUGCAGCAGGGAAGAAAUUUCGAAAAAAGAAGAAGUUCCGUAAUUAAGAUGCACCAAAUCACAAUAUUUCUCCUUUAUUUAUUUACUAAAAGAUGCUUUUAAAACUUGCAGCGUCACAUAAAUUACCUUACUAGACCUGUUAAUAUAGGACUCUUAUUUGGAAAAAAUUUUUAAAUUUGAGAAUAAAUGACAUGCCUGUUGGAAUAAAACAGGUGUGUCUGUCACAGAAGUAUUAGUGUUCGCUAACAUUCAAAAAAUUUACUAUGAUCAAAGAGAUAUAAACAAUAUAUAGGGAUAUGUGUUUUGGGGGUGAUGGUAGACGAAAUGGCAGUUUGUCAUCUGCAAAUCAAGAUCCAGAAAAUGGGUGAAGCUGGGGUACAGAAAGCUGUUGCCAGGGGAAAAGUCACAAUUGAAACUAAAGGAAUGAUAUAGCAAGUGCUGCCAGAGCCCAUGUUGGCAUACAAAGAACUUAAUGAAGCUAUAAAAAGGACUGAAGCAAUGUUUUCCAUCCUUGGCAGCUGAAGCAGAGGAACACUUGGUUUGUCUAAUGUCACUGUUGUGUUCCAAGUGAAGUAAAAUUAUCUCCAUGACAUAAGCAUCUAUGCUGGUUAAGCCGCUUAUGGCACUCAAGGUCCAGAGUGUUGGUCAUAUAUUAAUGCAUUUUGGUGGGUUGUUACACCCUUUAUGUUGUACAUGGGACCUCUACUACCCACAGUGCUACUUGCUUUAAGAUGCAGUAAAUGUGAAAUCUUGUGUUUCAUACUUAAUCCUUGGGAUCGUAAACACCUAGUAAUAGAACUGACAGUAACAUCCACAGGACCAAGGGGAGUGGAUGCAUCUGUUCUUUUAUAGAAAAACUUUUAUUCCAAGACUUGUUUUGCCUGCUGGGUAAGGUAAGGACCCUCUAUGAAAGUGUGAAAUAUUAAAACAAGGGUAACAGUCAAUUUAACUCUUCGUGCAUUCUUCCAGGAGGAGGUACCGUUUGCAAAACAUUCCUUCAACUUAGUAUUCAGAGUUGUCAUUCAGUAUGAUGUUCCUCUUCACACACGGAGAACUGAGGACUGACCGAGAUUUUCUCGGUCACUUAAGAUGUGAAUCAAUUUAUCUGCUGUAUCAUUUUCAUGAUGAUUUCUGAGUUACGAACAGGUUGAAUUACUCAGAAAUGCAAAACUGCAGUUAUGACAAGUAUUUGCAAGAACAUAGUGUGUAUUAUAGGUAUAAAGAGAUUAGUGACCUAUAACCUUUGCCUCAAAGAGCAGCACUAGAGCUUUCUGGCUUGCAAUGCAGUGAUGGGAAAAGAGUACUAAAUCCAAAUCCAGCCUUUUCUUUAACUCAGAGAUUCUCAUGGGUGUUCUGAGUAUUUUAACAUCCAUACAUUUUUUGGUUCUAGAU